UUUCACCCUAUCGUCAAGUCUAAAGAGGCUUUCCAUAAAAGCAGCGUUUUACUACAAGAAUGUCUGACUUCCCAUACCGAAUGCCCAAAGCCAACCCAUAUGAAUCCCCCCUCGCGACUGGUUGAGGUCGGGAAAGACUCACAAACAAUACGGCUUGUCUCGACUACAAACAUGGCUACUCCGACAUGGGCAGCUCUCUCCUAUUGCUGGGGAGGCCCUCAAAAGAUGGAAACCACAAUCCAGAACGUGGUUGCUCGGCAAAAUGGUUUCCCCCUCUCUGACCUUCCUCUUACGACCCGCGACGCCAUAUUCGUUUGUCGCAAGUUGGCCAUUUCCCAUAUCUGGAUAGACUCGCUUUGCAUCAUCCAAGACGACCAGAACGACAAAGUCCAGGAACUUUCCAAGAUGCCAGAGAUCUAUCAAGGAGCACUCGUGACAAUAUCCGCAUCUUCCUCUUCAGCCUGUACUGAAGGCUUCCUCCAUGACCGGUCGCCAUACCUCCCGGCAGAGCCCAUUGAUACGAGAGCAUGGACCUUUCAAGAACAAGUUCUAUCCGAAAGAGUACUGGAAUACGGAACGCAAGAGCACGAGUUUCUUUGCAGAAGAUCAAGAAAAGAAGAGCGAUUUCGGUUGUGCCCAGACUCAAGCUCGCCUCGGGAGUAUCUUCUGACAGAUCAGUGGGUGGACCAAAUGAGUCAGUACUCUUCGAGAAGCUUGACCUUCCAGCGCGACAAGCUCAACGCCAUAGCAGGCGUCGCAAGCCGCUUUGCUCAAGCCAGUGGGCUACUAUCGAUGGAGUACAUCAUUGGGCUAUGGAGGCCAGUACUGAUAUCAGGUCUGCUAUGGUACACCGCCGGCCAUAAAUCUCAGAAAGAGGACGACAUUUGGGUCGCACCGUCAUGGUCAUGGGCCUCCGUUCAGGGCCAGGUCCGGUGGGACCGUUCAGCUCGCGAGUCUGAUGCUACAGUCCGAGUCCUCUCAACCGACGUUCAACUUACAACUGAGUCACUCCCCUUUGGCUCCGUCGAGAGUGGCAGGAUUGUUUUAAAAGGGUACCUGACGCAGAUCACU